GCCCUCUACAAUUCAAUCAAGAAUGAGAAGCUGGAAUGGGCAGUGGAUGAAGAAGAGAAGAAAAAGUCUCACUCAGAUGGUACAGAUGAAAAGGAUAAUGUGAGCCAGACAAAGGCUGUCAGUCGAAUUGGCAACUCAAAUAACCCAUUCCUGGACAUCCCUCAUGACCCGAAUGCUGUUGUGUAUAAAACUGGAUUUCUGGCUCGGAAAAUCCAUGCAGAUAUGGAUGGAAAGAAAACUCCCCGAGGAAAGCGAGGCUGGAAAACCUUUUAUGCUGUGCUGAAGGGAACGGUCCUGUACUUGCAGAAGGAUGAAUACAAGCCAGAAAAGGCUUUGUCGGAGGAAGAUCUGAAGAAUGCAGUUAGUGUGCAUCAUGCGCUGGCAUCCAAGGCAACAGACUAUGAGAAGAAACCCAAUGUCCUAAAGCUUAAAACAGCAGAUUGGAGGGUCCUGCUUUUCCAAGCCCAGAGCCAAGAAGAAAUGCAGACCUGGAUCAACAAGAUCAACUGUGUGGCUGCCGUCUUCUCUGCACCGCCGUUCCCAGCGGCAAUUGGCUCUCAGAAGAAGUUCAGUCGCCCACUCCUGCCAGCCACCACAACAAAGCUAUCUCAGGAUGAACAGCUGAAGUCCCAUGAAACUAAGCUGAAACAGAUCUCCACUGAGCUUGCUGAACACCGCUCGUAUCCUCCUGACAAGAAGCUCAAAGGCAAGGAAGUAGAGGAUUACAAACUUAAGGACCACUAUCUGGAGUUUGAGAAAAAUCGCUAUGAGACUUACGUUAGUCUCCUGAAAGAAGGGGUGAAGGAUCUGCUGAGCGGAGGAGAGAAUGAUGUGCCAGGUCUGAAGAAAUCCCACUCGAGUCCCUCAUUGAACCAGGAGUCUCCAGUUAGUGCCAAGGUGAAACGCAACGUCUCGGAGAGGAAGGACUACAGGCCAGAAACACCCAGCAUUAAGCAGAAGGUCACUUAA